GUUGAGGCGACUCCCGGGUCAAAUCUCAAUUUUGCGCGUAUUGAGCUCGGGAGACGAACGUACGUGCUCGAGGAAGACCAUGGCCAUGGGCAUUGUCCUACUCGCCGUUGCCUUGUCGCUAAUGCAGGUCCUCGCCGGGGCGGCAGCGCCGUCAGAUGGCGGUGUUACGCUGCACGUCGAUCGUAACCAGGUGCUGGUGGACAACGGCUUGGUGCAGGUGGCGCUGUCCAGGCCGGACGGCCACAUCACAGGCGUCCGCUACGGCGGGGAACGGAAUCUGCUGCACUCGAGCAGAAGGGGUGGAAACACAGGCGGGUACUGGGAUUUAGUCUGGAACUCCCCCGGGUCCGGCCAGCGAGGCAAUUACGAUAUGCUUGAAGGUUCAGAGUUGAGCGUGGUAUCUGAAAGCAAGGAUCAAGUGGAGGUGUCUUUCCGGAGCACUUACAAUCCUGCAAAGCAGACCGGCGUCCCGCUCAACCUCGACAAGAGGCUGGUGAUGCUGAAAGGCAGCUCCGGGUUCUACUGCUACGCGAUCUUGGAGCACGGCGGGGACACACCGGCCAUCGACAUCAGAGUGGCCUUCAAGCUCAACACGGAGAGGUUCAACUACAUGGCCAUCUCGGACGACAUCCAGAGGUACAUGCCUCGGGCCAAGGACAGGGACGCGCCCCGCAGCGCCCCGUUGGCCUUCAAGGAGGCCGUGCUGCUUGUGGACCCCUCGGAGUCGCAGUUCAAAGGCGAGGUGGACGACAAGUACGAGUACUCGUUGGACACCAAGGACAACAGGGUCCACGGCUGGGUCGCCGCCGCCGGCCACCCCAGCUGCCCCAUCGGCUUCUGGGUCGUCACCCCCAGCAACGAAUUCAAGCCCGGCGGGCGCCUCAAGCGGUACCUCACCUCCCACGUUGGCCCCACCUCCUUGAGCGUGUUCAUUGGGACGCAUUACGUCGGGGACGACAUCGUGGCGCGCGUCAGGGACGGCGAGUACUGGAACAAAGUCAUGGGCCCUGUCUUCAUCUACCUCAACAUGGGCCCUGGAGGCCCGCUGACGCUCUGGGAGGACGCCAACGCGGUCGCGGAAUCCGAGGCGGCCAAGUGGCCCUACGGCUUCCUGGGAUCCAAAGAUUUCCCCAAGGCCCACGAGAGAGGCUCGAUCACCGGCCGAUUGUCGGUUACGGACAGGUACGUGAGCCGCGACGACAUGCCUGCUCGGAUGGCGUACGUCGGCCUGGCCGCGCUUGGGCAGCAUGGGUCGUGGGCAACGGAGAGCAAGGGCUACCAGUUCUGGAGCAGGGCGUCCGCGACGUCCGGAGAGUUCACCAUCGACAAUGUCCGGGCCGGAGACUACAACCUCUACGCGUGGGUCCCUGGGGUUCUCGGAGACUACAUCAACACCACCCGCGUGAGAGUAACACCCGGCCGUGCAAUCAACCUUGGGGAUCUUGUGUUUGAGCCUCCGAGAUCAGGACCCACACUGUGGGAGAUCGGCGUUCCUGACCGAAGUUCCGCAGAGAUGUUCGUCCCAGACCCCGACCCCAAGUACCUCAAUAAACUCUUCGCCAACAAUGACAAAUACAGGCAGUAUGGUUUGUGGGAGAGGUACGCCGACCUGUACCCCACGGACGAUCUUGUCUACACCGUCGGCAAAAGUAAUCACUCCAAGGACUGGUUCUUUGCACAUGUCACCCGAAAGGUAGGCGACUACAACGCACCAACGACACGACAGAUACGGUUCAACCUGAGCCGCGUCUUGCCGGACGGCACAUACACCUUACGCAUUGCUCUUGCAGCUGCUCACAUGUCCAGACUACAGGUAACUAAUUAAUUCUUGAACAUGCACGGUUUCAUUUCGGGCGUUCAGCAUGUUCUUCGGGGUCAUGUAUGACUACAU